AUUUCAGUGAUGCACAGAGGGUAACUUAUGGAUUCUAGUAGCAUCUCUCUGAGUGUCUGGGAUGAGUCCUCUCAACUAGAUCUAGUAGAUACCUCCUCAUCGCAACGGCAGGAGCCUACCAGUUCAGCGAUUGUGCCGCAGGAAACCGUCGGUGCUUCACGGUAUCGCGAGUUUAUCGAUAGAGUUUUAUGGAACGGAGGAUCGUCUUUCGAUGCCUGGCUCAACGCAGCGUCUUUUCAGGUGUCUCAAGUCUUGCUCAAUCUCCCAUUCACAUUCGCUCAGAUGGGAAUGGCAUCAGGCAUUACUUUCCAAUUGCUCUAUGGCAUGAUGGGGUCCUGGGUUUCUUACAUCAUGACCAGCGUGUACCUCACUUAUCUAGCAACGCAAGGCUCGCAGCAGAAGAAAAACCACGUUGUUCAGUGGUAUGAAGUUAUGGAGUUUUUCCUCGGGCCUUGGGGCAAGGGAGCGACAUUGCUAUUAUACUUUUGCGGCUUGUCUUCCGCUGCCAUGAUCCAAAUGGUAGCCUGUGCGAGUGCCGCGUACUAUAUCAAUGAUAAUCUGGACAAACGGACAUGGACCCUUGUCCUGGGGCCGUUCAUGUUUCUGGGUGUUUUGCUCCCCUCGCCGCGUAAUUAUCGGAUGUGGUCUUUUGCUGGGAUUAUCAUGACGACAUAUGUGGCUUGGUAUUUAACCAUUGCUGCAGCAGUCCACGGGAGAGAUCCGGGGGUGAAGCACACUGGUCCUCAUAGCCUGGAAAACUAUUUUUUGGGCGCAUCUAACAUAAUCUACACAUUUGGAGGACACGGACUGACAGUUGAACUUGCAGGGUCAAUGUGGAAGCCAAGAGAUUUCAAGCGAGUGUAUUUUUAUGCUGUCUUAUAUACUCUCACCUUGACGCUACCAUCUGCAUCAACUGUAUACUGGGCUUUUGGCGAUAGGAUGCUGCACAACGCUAACGCCUUCGCUGUUCUUCCCAGGACGAAGUUCCGCGAUGCCGCGGUAGUGCUGAUUAUCAUCCACCAGUUCUUUGAAUUUGGUCUCGUAGCGUUGCCAUUCUUCAUUAUGUGUGAGAAGCUUUUUGGGAUUCACCACUCGAAUUACUACCUGUUAAAAGUGGCUGCCAGGAUACCGGUUUUUCUCCUCAUAUGGUUUUGUGCGAUUAUGCUGCCUUUCUUUGGUCCCAUCGACUCCUUCAACGGUUCCUUUUUUACAACGCUCGCUGUUUACUUCCUUCCAUGCCUUGUGCAUAUGAUCGUCUUCAGAAGUGAGAAGGCACGCAAGAGUUCAUUUGAGCAACCUCCAUUCUGGAUACGCAGCUGGGCUGGAAUGUAUUGCAUCAAUCUGGGAGUGAUUUUGUGGGUGGUGGUGGUGGGUGUUGGGAUUGGAGGAUGGGCAACGAUUUCCAAUUUGACAAGACAAGUGCGAAGCUUUGGGCUUUUUGCGAGGUGUUACCAGUGUCCACCAAAGUCUUGACGUCAGGAAGUUUUUUAGUGGAAGAGGUUCUUCCUGUAAACAAACCAUAUAUUACGUGGUCGCAUGUCCGCGGGUUCGAUCCCCGGCAACGGCGGAUUAACAAUCCGUGGUAACAACUCCCAAGCCCGAGGGACCAUCGGUGUUGAAGAUGGAAAAGGUUCGUUGGAGGCACUCUAGUUUCAUAUUUGAUUGUGGUGGUUUGGACGUGAUCAAUUCUUGCACCCUUAUGGAUUGACACUGUAACCAACUGGACAAGUGCGUGCUCUCUCUCGCAUGCUCUCUCUCUCUCUCUUUCUCUCUCUCUCCCUCUCCCCUAUCAUGAACAAGAGCAAAGACUACGGCUUCUUGGGCUUCAAGAACACCGAGAAGUCCAUCUGCUUGUGGAUCCAGAAAA